ACAAAAGUAGUAAAGUCCAUGUGGAAGAGUUUUUUUAAGAUCAGCCAUUUGUAUUUAUUAUUAUUAUGGAUCAUCUUCUUCUUCCUCUUUAACCAGCAUCAUUAACACCCCCCUCAUCUGUACUCAGUAAAGUAUUAAACAAUUGCACCAGUUUGACCAAAGUUUACUCUCCUCAGCACCUAUGUAAAAUGUCUAUCUGCCUGUCUAUAUGAACCCCGAACCCUUGGUCUCAUUGGCUUGGCUGUUGGUCGGAUCAGUGCCAGCACCAGUUUCGUAAUCGGCGUUGGAACUGCUCCACCACCCCGCGUGGAGUCAACGUGUUCGGUAGAGUCAUGAGCCAAGGCACGCGUGAGGCAGCUUUUGUGCACGCCCUGUCCUCGGCGGCGGUGGCGGUUGCAGUAACGCGAGGCUGCAGCCGGGGGGAGCUAGAGCGGUGUGGCUGCGACAGGAAGGUCAGAGGGGUCAGUCCCGAGGGUUUCCAGUGGUCUGGGUGCAGUGAUAACCUUUCCUAUGGUGUGGCCUUCUCCCAGACCUUCGUGGAUGAGACGGAGCGUGCCAAGGGGAUGUCRGCAGGGCGACCCCUCAUGAAUGUCCAUAACMACGAGGCUGGACGGAAGGCUAUCCUCCAUAACAUGCAGGUGGAGUGUAAGUGYCAUGGUGUCUCGGGAUCCUGUGAGCUGAGGACYUGCUGGAAAGUCAUGCCCCCAUUUCGGCGCGUCGGCGCCGUGCUGAAGGAACGCUUUGAUGGAGCCACAGAGGUGCGUCUGUCCCGUAUCGGCUCCAGGACAGCCCUGCUGCCCCGGGACCCCCAGGUCAAACCUCCCGCCGCCAGGGACCUGGUGUACCUCGCUGUCUCGCCAGACUUCUGCCGUCUCGACCCCAACAAUGGGAUCCCCGGGACGGCCGGCCGACGCUGUAACGGCACCUCCCGGCUGGCCCCAGAUGGCUGUGAGCUGGUGUGUUGUGKGCCAGGGUACCGGGCAGGCCGGGCYGAGRUGGUGCAGCGCUGCUCCUGUAAGUUCUCCUGGUGCUGCUCGGUCCGCUGCCAGCAGUGCAAGAACACAGUGAUGAUCCACACCUGCCGAGAGUGAACCCAGUCUACGCAGAACCCAGAGCACUGAGAAGACACACAAGAACCUUACACCUGUCCAGACACUCUAGAACACAGCCCAGACACAACACUGUCCAGACACUCUAGAACACAACACUACCCAGACACUCUAAAACACAACACUACCCAGACAUUCUGGAACACUACAAUGACCAGACCAGUGGAGGCUGCUGAGGGGAGGACGGUUCAUAAUAAUGGCUGGACCGAAGUAAAUGGAAUGGCAUGUGUUU